AUGCGCCCGAGCGAGGCCCAGUCCACCGCAUUCAAGGCGCUGCCGCCCGCGCGCGGAAAUCCUAGACAACCGUCAUUAGUGCUCUUCUACGCCUACCGCGAACCGGCGUGGUCGGCGGCGGAGCAUUCAAGAGCCCUGAAGACCUUUAUUAAGUUGUGCGAAGCGCACGACCUCAAGGGCCGCGGGCGGUGCGCGCCCGAGGGCGUGAAUUGCACACUAACAGGAGGCCAGCAGCAGAUCCGCGCCUUCUGCGCGGCCCUGCGCGAGUGGGACUCGCAACUCUUCGGCCCCGUCGAUUUCAAGAUCACGGACGGCUUGCAGAAGAAGGAGGCGUUCAAACGACUCACAAUACGAAAAACGGAGGAAUUGGUGGGCUAUGGGUUGGGGCAGAGUCAGCCGCAGUUGGCCACGUCCAAGGCGACGCAUCUCGACGCUGUUGAGUACCAUAAAGCCCUCGAGGACCCCGACGCGAUCGUCGUCGACGUGCGCAACCAGUACGAGACUGUGUGGAAAUCAACCAGUGCGUCGGGUGCGCUCGACGGCGAGGAACCGGCAUCGCCACGCCAUCGAGCAGGCGGCGCGUCGAUGAACGCGCCGUAAAAUUUUGAUUUCCACAGGUACGAGACCGAAAUUGGGCGCAUGCGGCCGCCCGCCAACGGCGCCAAAUUCCUAGAUCCGAAGGUCCGCAACUCGCACGAGAUCCCGCGCUGGCUCAACGCCCCGGAGACGCGCGAGCGGCUCGCGGGGAAGCGGGUGCUCAUGUAUUGUACUGGUGGUAUCAGGUGUGAAAGGGCCUCGGCGCUGCUCUCUGAGUUAUCGUCGUCGUGUGCCGGUGGAGCCUGCCCGGCGCAAGCGACGCAGGACGCCGUCGCGUCAGCGGGCCCCAAGGAAAUUGUGAUGGUCAGAGGAGGCGUCGAGCGCUACCUGCGGACGUUUCCGGACGGCGGCUAUUGGGCGGGUGCGAACUACCUGUUCGAUCGGAGGUUCGAGCAGCGGCCGCUCAAGCGCCAGGCGCCGUUAGGGUCCUGCGCUCUAUGUGGCGUGCCCUGCGACCUGUAUAGGGGUAGGGUCGUCUGCGCGGUGAGCACCUGUAAAGUGCCCGUGCUCGUCUGUCAGCCCUGCCGCAACCGCGUCUCACCGGAGGAGGUCGCGUCGAAGGCGAAGUGCCGCCUGUGCCGCGACAACUUCGCCGGUUCCAAGCGCGUCGAGAAACCCGAAAUUGCGGUGAAGGCGGCGCCGGUCGCGGAGAAGACGAGGCCGCCGGCGCCGCGCCUCUUCGUGGGCAACCUGCCGUUCACGGUCGAACGGGAGGAGGUCCUCUCUACGCUAGACAUUGAUGGGCGGCUGACGUGGCUCGUGGACCGCGAGACCUCUCUUUUCUACGGGUCGUGUGUGAUCGAGUGCGGUGUUGACGCGGCGACGAAGGUCGUAUCGCGCGCGAAGCUCUACCCAACCAAGCUGCGCGGCCGCAAGUUAAGGCUGGGCUUCGGGCCGGCGGCGCCUGUCGACGGCGCCGAGGGAGUGCGGCCGCCGUGUGCGCGACCGGCGUCCGUGUUCACGUACCUUCGAAUUCCGAGAUGACGACCCUUGGGCCGGGGCUUAGCCGCCCGCUUACACGCCGACCGCCAUUUCCCUGGCCGGAGUCAAAUACCAGGGUGAUGGGUGAUUCCACCGCGCAUGACGCUAGAGGUCCGUAUCCGAUCGGAAGAAGUCCUCUCGACGCCACUCAGCUUUUGUAUAUAAGCGCGCUCGACUGGUCACUCCGCGCAGGUCCUGCCGGGGCGGUGCCGGCGCCGAAGCGGCGGCGGCGGCGCUAGUUUUG